GCUCCAGUUCACCGUGACCCUGCUCAGGACAGGCGGUUUUGGACGGUUUGUGUAUUGUGUCUGAUAUGUUUUAAAUACUUUAUUAAAGGUUAAUAAAGUUCGGGAAAAAUAAAAUUUAAAAAAAUUCCCUGCUCUUUCCCACCUCACUGAAAUGGAGGAAUCUGUGACAUACAUCCAUGUCUGCAAGACUAGGCCUGUAAGCUGAAGGUGUGACCCAAGUGAGCUUUUGACAUGUCUAAAAUCUGUUGUAAUUUUCACACUAUUAUUGAUAUAUACAUUCACAGAAGAAAGCAAUCGAAAGUCUUUGCUACCCAUGUCUGUUGAAUUGAAUUGAAGAGCUCUAAAGUUACCCCCCCCAAACAGCACAAACGAAGAAAACUUUGAUUCGUUAGUGCUAUAAUUCUGCCAUAAAAAUUUGAAUUUGUGCCAUUGCAGUUUUUGAGAUAUUAAUAUUUGUUUCGGAAGUGACAUCACUCCCCUACAAUGCCGCAGGAAGUCGAAUUUAGGCUCAUUCGUUUGUGCUGUUGAAACCGGGGUUCUGUCUCCUUUGGUUCUGGAGAUAGACGUGGUUGUAUACUUGGCACGUGACCUCACUCCAGCCCCCCUACAAUACCGGAGAAACUCGAAUUCGGAUUCAUUUGUUAGUGCUACAUUUGUGUCGUUUAAAUCUCUUUCUUUUUUUAAAUAUAAACGAAUGAGCCCCAGUUCGAGCAUCUGCGACAUUGUCAUGGGACUGGUGACAUCACGUCCCAUGUAAGCAAGCUCCAUGAUCUCCAAAAGUAACAGAGAUAGAACCGUGGUUUGAACAGCAUAAAUCAGCACAAAUGUAGCACUAACUGAUCAUAAGGUUUUUUCUUCAUUUGUGCCGUUUGUAAGGGGGGGCAACUUCACAGAGCUGAAUUGAAGAUUUUAUUGUCAUUGUCCUGCUGUGCAAUACAACAAAAUUAUAGUCUGUUGUAUAAAAAGGAAAACUGCAGCUGAACUGGCUUUGAACCAAAAACACUACACUUCUGAAAGAGACGUUCAGUCAUCCCAUAGAAGACAUUGCACAGUCCUUAACGGAGAUCUGAAACCCUUCCUACUAGUUUAAAAGGUGUGGCACAACCUCUAAACUGAUGUACUGGUAAAUAUUCAAUAUAGGAACUGCCCAUGGAGGAAUUUUUUUUUUUUUUUUCCCCCCACUCUAAUAACUGGAGUCUGAGUCAAGUGAAUGUUUACAAAAUGGAGUGCCUGUAGAAGUAUUCACCCACCCUUGGACUUUUUAACAUUUUCUUGUGUUACCACAUUGAUGUAUUUAAGUUAAAAAAAGACUUCUUCAACAUAAAGUACUAUAUUACAUGGAAGUGAGAAAAAAAAAUCCAUAUGUUUUACUAAAAAUUUCUUCUUAGUUUUUCUUGCUUUUUUUCUUAAUUUCUAAUGAAGAAAUAGUUGGCGAGGGCUAUGAAUAUGUUAUAUGCAGUGUAUAUGACUGGACAGUACUGUAGGGUGUUUAAUCUGUCUUUUGAGGCUUCAGUAAAAGAAGAUGGUCUAGGAAUUGCCUUCAAACUACUCAAACCUGACCUGAAAAUAAAUGUGUGGGAUUAAAUAAGUCAGCAGCAGAGAUUAAUGUAGAAAGCCAUACCCUGUGACAAUAUCAGUCUGAAGUUGGUUGGCCUGCGCGUUCCAGAAUUAUAUGAGCUGAAACCACACCGUGCCCCUUUUUGCAGUAACCGUGGGAAAUGAUGGUCCCACCUCCUGUAGUAUUACUUUUCCUACUGUCUCAUACUGUUUAGCUGGUGGCCGGAAACCUUGCUAAAUAUAACCUGAGGGAAGUUAAAUCUGGAGCAGUUAAGGGCUCCAGGAAUGCUGUUCAUAUCUGGAUCCCCUAAGGCUGGUGUGAAAAUGACAGUACCACAGUGACUGUGGUUGCAUCAGGGUUAUUUACUCUUUUUCAGUUCUCUGCAUGACUCUGCCCUUCCCAUAUCAAAGUUAUGUUCAGCUCAGGCUGCAACGACUUGUGAAUUCCUUGCAUUACCCCCCCUUCCCACCCACGCUGUUUUUCAUCUCAGUGUUAUGGAACAAAUUACAUUCAUGUGUUUUCAUUUACCUCUCUAGUUUGUUCCAGAAUUUAGUUAGACUGAGAUUAAUGCUCUUGCAGUUUUAUAACUUCUGGCAGUCUUUGCAUUUUGUGUGUGUGUUUUUUUAAGCAGUAUCGUAUAGAGAAAUGUGCAGUGCAUAAACGGACAAAUGUUAAAUGAACAAAUAAGGUAUUAACUGAUGUGACUGAUACAAAGAUUACUGUCUCGUCUCAAUGUGUAGGAGAUGUCACGUUCCCCAUGUGAUGAGGAACAUACAUUCUGUAUGUUUCCUGAGUUAAUGCUCGCAAUCUGUCCCAUAACCAUUGUUCUCUCUCUUUACCCUUGCUGCGUGUGCUGCGAGUAAUCUUGGGCCCGUCGCUCUGCUGAUCAUCACUAAUCAUGAAGCUGUUAUCAUGGGCACACUGGGGUUACGGUCGAGGCCUUGUUUGGCUUCUCUUCUGACUGGAGUCAAGAGUUUUCUCUGGGCUGCUGGUCUACUAUCAGCUGCACAUUUCGGAGGAAAUCCAUCCAGGUGAAUGCAUACAGGGCAUGCCGACUAAUAUCAAUCAAAGCAAAACUUUGAAGGUGAAGAAGGAGGUGGGGGAGAAUGUGCCAGCCCUCAGUGAUGAUGAGCUUGUGUCCAUGUCGGUGCGGGAGCUGAACCAGCAUCUGCGUGGUCUCACUAAGGAGGAUGUGGUGCGGCUGAAGCAGCGGCGACGCACGCUUAAGAACCGAGGCUAUGCCGCCAGCUGCCGCAUCAAGCGCGUCACACAGAAGGAGGAGCUGGAGCGCCAAAAGGCAGCACUCCAGCGGGAGGUGGACAAACUGGCGUGCGAGAAUGCCAGCAUGAAGAUGGAGCUGGAGGCGCUGCGCUCCAAGUAUGAGGCCCUGCAGUGUUUUGCCCGGACAGUUGCGCACGGUCCCCCAGCACCAGGCAAGGCGGGCAGCACCAGUGUCAUCACCAUUGUCAAGACAGCUGGCCAAGGCCCGGGACUGGCCCACUGCUCUGCCCCUUCCUAGGGUCUGAUAAGGUCCUCUUUACCAUUGUACCUCCUGUCUCCUGUGCUGAACUGUUUCUCAUUGGUGUGCGUGGGGCUGUGGACGGACUUUGUUUUCAUUGCUUACUCUUUCUGACCCUUUAUUUCUACCUGACACUUGACAGCGAAGUCCUCACUGAAGCCUUUACUAUGUGUACAUGCUAAAAAUGCAGUGCCUGUUCAUAGCCACACAUGGUCAGAAGAGGAACGAUAUAUCUUCAGCAUUUACUCACCUGGCCUGUGUGUCAUUUCACAAUUAGUCAUUGAAGAAUAUAAAAAGACCGUCGACAAGGAAUCAAUAUCAAUAGAAGAACAAGUCUAUGUCCUUGUGACUAAUUGGUUUAUUCAACACAUGUCAUUUGUGAGUAGCAUUUUGAAAAAGUAAAAAGAGCUUUGUAAGAACAUUGCUUUUAAAUAAUAAAGUAG